CGGCCUGUGUCCUACGCAGCUGUCCCUGGGGAAGUGCGGAGCGGGCUCUGGAGCCGCUCGGGGUGCGCGGGGCGACAGGGUCCCGCUCCUGGGAGCUGGUCCGCCUGGGCAAGGCUGACUUCUUUGCAGCGCUGGGCCUGUGCUGGGAUUGUGGUGCCUCUUGGGGUGCGCUGGACGGAAAGGGGAGAUUUUCAUCAGAAAUGGCGCUUUUCCUAGUCCCAUUUUUUCUGUCUCACGAGGUUUGGAAAGGAAGCACUACCGUUUGUGCGGAGACGGUUUGUGUUUAAUCCCCUGGAUUAGAAGUUGAGUAUGACAAAGCCUGGAAACUUUGAGCGUCACUGCCUUCUGCCGAGAACUCCUUUUCCUGCAUCUGCUGAAUCUCAGAAACCCCGGCUGAAAAAAGCUCAAGAGUUUCCGAUUUUGGAGAAGCAGAACUGGUUGAUACAUCUCCACUAUAUCCGGAAGGAUUAUGAAGCAUGCAAGGCUGUUAUCAAGGAGCAGCUUCAGGAGACUCAGGGCUUAUGUGAAUAUGCUAUCUAUGUCCAAGCAUUAAUACUUCGCCUGGAAGGAAAUAUCCAAGAAUCCCUAGAACUCUUUCAGACGUGUGCUGUUCUCAGCCCUCAGUGUGCUGAUAACCUCAAGCAGGUGGCCAGAUCUUUAUUUCUUUUGGGAAAACAUAAAGCUGCCAUUGAAGUAUAUAAUGAAGCAGCUAAACUUAACCAGAAAGAUUGGGAGAUCUGUCACAACGUGGGAGUGUGCUACAUUUAUCUGAAACAGUUCAGUAAGGCACAAGACCAGCUGCACAAUGCCCUCCAUCUUAACAGGCAUGAUUUGACUUACAUAAUGCUGGGGAAGAUCCACUUGCUGGAGGGAGACUUGGACAAGGCCAUUGAAAUCUACAAGAAAGCAGUGGAGUUCUCACCAGAGAAUACGGAACUUCUUACAACUUUAGGACUACUCUACUUACAGCUCGGUAUUUACCAGAAGGCAUUUGAACACCUUGGAAAUGCACUGACUUAUGACCCUACCAACUACAAGGCCAUCUUGGCAGCAGGCAGCAUGAUGCAGACCCACGGGGACUUUGAUGUUGCCCUCACCAAAUACAGAGUUGUAGCUUGUGCCGUUCCAGAAAGUCCUCCGCUCUGGAAUAACAUUGGAAUGUGUUUCUUCGGCAAGAAGAAAUACGUGGCAGCUAUCAGCUGCCUGAAGCGAGCCAACUACUUGGCUCCCUUCGAUUGGAAGAUUCUGUAUAAUUUGGGCCUUGUCCACCUGACCAUGCAGCAAUAUGCGUCGGCUUUCCAUUUCCUCAGCGCAGCCAUCAGCCUCCAGCCAAAGAUGGGGGAGCUCUACAUGCUCUUGGCUGUGGCCCUGACCAAUCUGGAAGAUCCAGAGAACGCCAAGAGAGCCUACGCAGAAGCCGCCCGCCUGGACAAGUGUCAGCCUUUAGUGAACCUCAACUAUGCGGUGCUGUUGUACAAGCAGGGUGAGAAGGAAGGCGCCCUGGCCCAGUACCAGGAGAUGGAGAGGAGCGUCCGCCUGCUCAGGGACAGCGGCUCGCUGGAAUUUGACUCUGAGAUGGUAGAGAUGGCUCAGAAACUGGGAGCUGCCCUCCGGGUCGGGGAUGCACUGGUCUGGACGAAACCAGUUAAAGAUGCCAAGUCAAAGCACCGGACCACUUCAACAGGCAAAGCUGCCGGUGUCCAGCAGCCUCUGGGCUCUAAUCAAGCUCUGGGACAGGCGAUGUCUUCAGCAGCUGCACACAGAAAGCUCCCCCCAGGUGCUGGAGGGACAUCCCAGCUCACAAGGCCACCGUCUCUGCCUCUGGAGCCAGAGCCCGCUGUGGAGGCACACCCAGCUGAAGCAUCAGCACCAAGGAGAGAAAAACAGGAGGAGGAUGACCCCGGAGUAGGGGUUUCUUCGGUAAGGAUGUAGCAGGUUAGGAAAGGUCAUGUAACACAGGCAGCAAGGUGGCCAGUGUGUCCCCUGGACACCAGGGGACGCGGAAGUGUUAUGAUGAUCGCAAGGAGCCUGCAACCGACUCGGCCUCCCGUUAGCCCCGUCAGCCUGGAGAUAGGAGAGGGCCCAGACAGGUCCUUUAAGAAUUAAGUGCAAGGCUCAUGGCUCUGUGUUUGUAGCUCCAAGAGCCAGCAAGGCACAUGAUGCUGUUUGCUUUUGAAAUGACUUCGACCUCCUGGAUGACUGACCCCUUCCUUUGUGGAAGGAAAGUCUGAGGCCGACCUCUGCUCAGGAGCCCUGUUACGGUGAAGCCUUGGCUUAGCUGAGGUGAUCCUCAGGCUGUGGGGCUUGGCAGCCCUGAAGGCAAACACAGAUCUUGGAUUAGUAAUCCAGCUCUAACAGCCUAAAUUUAAGGGGAAAAAUGAUGAAAAAAACCUAUAUAAAUCGAGGCCCAGCCUGUUGGAUAUUCCAGCUGCACCUGUCCAAGGGAAUCCCAAACAAGUCCCUCUGUCUUGUUCUUGAGAGACGUCAGAGCGUAUGCAGAGCCAGAUCAUGUCGGCAACGAUGAGAAGUAGGAGUGAAGGGCUGGGCUAGUAUCAGCACCAAGAAUGAAAAGGAAAAAAAGAGCUUCUUAAUUUUUACUUAAUCAGUGAUACCCCUGGCCAGAUGCUAUCAGUACAUCAUCUAUAUGUCCUUUUUAGAAUAAAGAUUAUGUAUCAUCAUCCCUUUGGGGAAAGUUGUUAAGUGUAAAAAGAAGAGAUCACAAUAAAACCUUUUUAAAAGAA